AUGACCACUCGGCGCAAAUACCGCCGAGUAAAGCUUCGAGAGACCUUAGAUUUGGCUGUGGCCUUCAAAAUCCUCCGGUCGAUUCUAAAAACCCCUCAAUAUGGGCGAUACGUUCGCCAUAUAGAGCUGAACCGAUCCCCAUCAGUAGGUUAUGGAAUCGUGCAGUUAUACACAGUGAAGCCCCCUCAGCGGUCCCUCCGGCCAAAAGACCAGGAGUGCUUGACUGCGGCUAUUCGGCGGGCCGGUUUUGAGUCUCCACAAGAAAAGGAAAAGAUGCUUAACAUCCUACUCCAAAAUCCGGCCAGCAUGGACCAUCAUGACCCGCGAACCCCGUUUCUCGCCCAGGCGUUGGCAGCGUUGUUGGUCAGCGUCUCGCCACUGUUGGAGUCACUGAAUUUCUGCCCUGUCGGCAAAGAACCUUCGAGGCUGUCGAAACUGACUGCUCAAGCCAAUGGUACUCCACUCCAAGAGACGGAUUAUUUCUUUAAGCAUUUCCUAGACCGUGCGAAUAGUUGCCCGCAGGAGACUAUGCCAUUUCUACAAUCUCUUCGCAAGGUUCGGUUCCUUGUCGAUGCUGAUACAAGUAUCUAUCGCUGGUUCUAUUACCAGCCCUAUGACUUAUACGGUAGCCUGAACUUGGUGCGCCGGCUGCCCGGAGUGGAAUCCAUCCGGGUCGACGCCAUUAUGGGCACGGAGAGUGCUAGUGUGGAGCCCCCACCCCAGUCAGCGAAUUAUACCAAAAUUACCAUUCGAAACUCCAGUUUGGAUUACCAUCAUCUGGUGCAGGUCAUCGAGUCAGCUAAACGGCUGGAAGAGUUUACCUAUGCGGUCGGUGGCCGAGGCUCAAGCGAUGGCUCAUUGAGUAUAUUCAGCCCAGAUCAUGUCCUUCGGGCCCUCCUCCUGCACGGUCAUUCGUUGCUGCAUCUGGAUUUGGAUGUGGAGGCAGAAACACCAUUGGCUGAGACCUUCGACCCCAGCCUAGGACAAGUUUUCUUUGCCAGUGACGGCCCAUCUUCCAGAUCUCACCCCGUUUAUCAACAGGAGUGGGCAGAAGAACUCCAGGAGCUCAAAGCAAAGGAUGACCCAGUCAGAUGUCGAUUAUCACCGUGCUCUCUUCGUGGGUUUACUGAACUGAAGAAUCUAAGCCUCGGCAUCCACCUCCUCUACUACUUGGCUCGAGGAAUUGGCUCCGACCAAGUGGAGGAUGCAUUAUUUUCAAUCGUGGAUCAUCUCCCACCAAGUCUUGAAUCACUCUGUAUUUAUGGGUACGAGAAGGGUAUGAAACCGCAGGUUAAGGGCCUUCCGGACGAUGUAUUUGAUAGGCAGCUGGAGAAUCUGCUUGCCGAGAAGGACAAGAAAUUGCCACGAUUGAUAUACAUUGAGGGGAUUGAUGAGUUGAUCGAAAACGCAACCACGGUGAAGCAGCCGCAGAACAACGAGGAUGAUCUUUGGGAGAGGGACACGGAUGACGAAUGGACCGAUCAUGAGUAUGAUUAG